AUGGGCUCGAACUUCUUCAGGGGCACAAGUCUGGAUCAGGACCCGCGGUUCAAGGACAAGCAGUCCGCGCUGCUGCGCAAGACCCAGUUCCCUCCUUCGUUCGACACCAAGGUGGACAUGCGCAAAGUCGAGAUGGGCGUCAUGAAGCCAUGGAUUACGAAGAAGGUCAUUGAAUUGCUGGGCUUCGAGGACGACGUCUUGAUCGAGUACAUCUACUCCCUACUCGAGGACCCUGAGAAUCCGGUCGUCGACGGCAAGAACAUGCAAAUCCUCCUCACCGGCUUCCUCGAAUCGAAGACCGCCGCUUUCAUGAACCAUCUGUGGGACCUGCUCCUCUCCGCCCAAUCGAACCCUCUCCGCGUCCCGACCGAGUUGCUCGAGGAGAAGAAGCGCGAGAUGAGGGAGCGUGAGCAGCAGGAGGCGUUGAAGCGGAGGCAGGAGGAGAGGAUGGAUGAGGUUAGGAGGUCGGAGAGGGAGAAUAGGCGUGGACCGGGAGGAGGCGGUAGGGGUGGGUACGGUGGAGGUGGCCCGCCUGGGAGGUUUGAUGACAGGCGCGAUGAGGGCUACCGAGGAGGUGGUGGUCGAGGAGGCUACGGAGGACCGUCGCGAGACGCAGGUUACGGUCCCCGCGCGGGAGGAGGAGGCGGUGGCUACCAUGAUGCCUACAGCAACCGACGCCCUCCACCUCGCGGCCGCUCGCCCUCCGUCACCCCUCCCCCGCGCCGCCGCUACCGCUCUCGCACCCGCUCCAUCUCGCCUCCUCCGCGCGGCCGGUCCCGCUCGCUCUCUCGCACUCCUCCGCCCCGCUCAGAUAGACGCCGCUACCGCUCGCCCUCGUACUCGCGCUCGCCUUCGCCUCGUCGCAGGUCGAGGCGGAGUCCGAGUCCCGAUCGCAGCAGGAGCAGGAGCCCGCCGAGGAGGCGUGGUGGAGACGGUAGGAGGUCGCCGUCGCCUGGAGAGGGAGGGAGGCGCAGUGCUUCGCCGGCCCCGAAGAAGAGGCGCGACUAUGAUGAGCGAGACGAGCGACGUUCGCCUCGCGGUGCCCGCCGUUACGACGAUGAUCAGCGACGAAGGGGUGAUGGCGGGAGGUCGCCGACCCCUCCGCCGACAAGGGAUGCGGGACGACCCAAGUCGAGGUGGGAGGAGGACGAGGAGAAGCCAUCGACAGGUGGUGCAGGAAACCAGGAGUCGGAGCUUAAGGAGAAGCUCCUGCGCAAAAAGAUCGAGGCGGCGAGGCGGUCGUCGCAACAGUAG